GAUGAUGCAGAUGCUACAGCGGACACCUCAAACCAGGAAAUGAACAGUGCUGCACCUUUUCUCAAAAGUGAAGCCUCCAGUUCCUCGUUGCUCCCUGAAAAUAGACAGUUCAAUCUUGAAGUCUCAUCUUUAAAUAUUCCAGUUGAUCAAAUGAAAAUGAUUCAAAACAUUAACACAUUAAUUUCCGAGUUAGCAUUGGAGAAGGAAGAGUUGAUGCAAGCAUUGCUUGCUGAAUCAUCUGAAAGUUUCACGCUGAAGUGAAAUGAAAUCUUAGAUGUCAAUAUUGGUGCUAAUCGGCAUACACUUGCAAAUUCUGAACACCUUGGAGACAAGCCGACAACUUCGGUGGAAGUUUGGGUUGAUGUGACCAGUUGUGAGAAGCAGCUUUUGGAACUGCUUGAUGUAGUGAAUUGCUAUUUAGAGUAUUGUGUAUUGUUGUUAGAUUUGCUACUAGUUGUUAAUUUGUAUUGAUGCUUAAAGCUGUUAAUUUGUAUUGAUGCUUAAAGCUGUUAAUUUUUAUUGGU